AUGACGUUCCUGGCGGCCUCACUUCCGCGACGACUCGCCGCAGCAUCAUCAUCAUUCCGCCGCGGCUACUACUACUACUACCGCGGAAUUGGAGGAGCCCCCCCCCGCGGAAUCAUCCGUUUCGCGCUCUGUGCUACCGUCGUGCUCCUUCUGUUCUCGCUGGCGCUCCGCGCCCGCCUCCCCCCCCGCCGCUUCCACGAUCCCCUCAACGCCGCCGCCGCGGCGACGACUUCGCCUUCGCUAUCAUCCCGCCGACCCGCGGCGGAUGCCGCCGCCGCUCUUUCCGCCGCGUUCUUGCGCGGCCUCCGCGCGCUGGCGACGUGGGAAGAGGAGGCGGCGGCGGCGGCGGCUGCGACGCUGCGCGGCGUUGAUGGCGUCGGGGCGGAGUCGCAAUGGCAGCCGCGCCGGCGGCAGGCCGCACAUGAGCAGGAGCGGCGGGCGCCAACGCAGCAACAGGGUGCCGCCGCCGCCGCAGGGAAGUCGCCGCGGAUAUUAACCCGCGUGGCCGCGUUUAACGCGGGUCCUGCCGCGGAGGCAUUUCACCAGGCGAUGUGGGUGGAUUUUUAUGGCAGAUUGACAGCGCCCCUGUUCCAAAUCGUGCCGGUUUCUGCGCCGGGAGAACCGGCAGGAAACCUGACGUGGGACAGCUUUUACCAAGAUGUUAAUCCGUACGAUCGUUACGGCUCCAGCCUCACUUGCCCUGCUGUCCCGCGUGCGGCGUGGGAGGAGGAAAACGGGAACCGUGAUGACGUGGCAUACGUGGCUGACGUGGCGGAUGAGGUGGAUGCGGUGGUUGCGGUGGUGCCAUGCCGCCCAGCGAACGGCUCGUUGGCGAGGGACGUGCGAUGGCAGCAGCUGAUGCUGUCGCUCGCACGAUUCGUCAGUAAGUCCCCCCGCCCCUGGAUUCCCCUCGUGAUUGUCUCCCCCUGCCGCCCGCCGCUGAACCUCUUCCACUGCCGCUUCCUCGUGGAUGCACAGCCCUACACGCUGCAUGCUCCUGCUGCUGCUCCUGCUGUGGCGCCUGCUGCGCCUGCUGCUAAGGCUGCUGCUGCUGCGCACGUCGCUGCCAACGGUGGCAGUGGCGGGACAACGGCAAUGGAGGGCGACGUGUGGCUAUACAACGUGACGGCGCGCGACGUGCGCGCGCGCAUUCAGCCAGGGGGGUCGUGCGCUCUAGCAAAACCCAGUGCGGAUGCCUCAGCGCGUUCCCCCUCCGCCCCACCACCCCGCUUCGCCUUUGCCACGGUGAGAGGAGAAGAGGAGCAGGAAGUGGGGGAGAUAGAGCGGGUGGGGGAGAUAGAGCGGGUGGGGGAGAUAGAGCGGGUGGGGGAGAUAGAGCGGGUGGGGGAGAUAGAGCGGGUGGGGGAUAUAGAGCGGGUGGGGGAUAUAGAGCGGGUGGGGGAUAUAGAGCGGGUGGGGGAUAUAGAGCGGGUGGGGGAUAUAGAGCGGGUGGGGGAUAUAGAGCGGGUGGGGGAUAUAGAGCGGGUGGGGGAUAUAGAGCGGGUGGGGGAUAUAGAGCGGGUGGGGGAUAUAGAGCGCGUGGGGGAGAUAGAGCGGGUGGGGGAUAUAGAGCGGCUGCGCCUGUGGCAGUUGAUGGAAUAUGAGCGCAUCGUCUAUCUAGACAUGGGCGUGCUUCCCCUGGGCCCGCUCACACACCUCCACCUCUUCCGCUCCCCGGUCUUCCCCUUUUCCCCUACUUCCCUUCACAUUGCUGCGUCUGUGGCAGUUGACAGACUGCGCCUGUGGCAGUUGACAGAGUACGAGCGAAUCGUCUAUCUAGACACGGACGUGCUGCCCCUGCGCCCGCUCACACACCUCUUCCUCUUCCCCGAGCUCUCUGCUGCCCCCAACGACGACAACCACUUCAACUCCGGGCUGCUGGUUCUCGAGCCAGCACACUGCACGUUCGCCUUCCUCCUGGCCAACAUCCCCAACAUCUUCUCUUACAAUCGUGGAGACCAGGGUUACAUCAACAACGUCUUCCCCUGGUGGCACCGCCUCCCAGACCACACUACCGUUCUCAAACACAAGCCACCGCACACCACCUGUGGCACAGGCAAAAGACCUUACGCUGCCUAUAACGAGGCAGUGGCUACGCAGAAUGCCUUGUUCUCCUCUGAUCCUCCCCAGCUGCACGCCAUUCACUUUCUCGGCCGAAAACCCUGGGUAUGCUUCCGCGAUUUCGAUUGUAACCUGUCGGCGUCGCUUCACGACCUUAAGUUUGUUAACGAAGCCGCUUUUAAGCGGUGGUGGGCGGUGCACGACGGUUUGGAGGAGCGGCUGAAGCCCUGGUGUUGGUUGAGUGAGGAGCAGAAGGGGGUGAUUUGGCGGGGGAUGAGGAAGAGGAAGCAAGAUGGGGUUGGACCAGAGAGGUGGAAUUUCACUGUGAAAGACCCGAGGAAAGACUUGAUGCGGCCGUGGGGGGUGGGAGGAGGUGUGAGAAAGGUUCGCGGCAGGAGAAGUUAG